GAGGAAGCCCUGCGUGGGCUCGCGGCCCCCCGCUCGGAUCGUCUGCGGCGGGAGGGGGGCUGCGCCAGCCGCCCCCAGGUACCUGGCCCAGGGCCUGGAGGGGAGAGAGACCGCAAGGAGAGAGAGCCCGGGCAAAGCGCGGGCGGCCCCGAACUAGUGCUCAGGGGCUUCUCCCUCUCCCGCUCCCGCUUCCCUUCUUUUCCCCCCGAGGAAGGCCUAAGCGUUUUACUGGGGCUGGGUGGGGCUCUGGGGCACUUGAUUCUACGAGUAAGAAGGAAACGAGAGCGGCCAGCCCAUUACGGGGCGCCCGGCCGAACUGACAGGCGGAGACCGAACUCUUUAAAAAGCCAAGGGCGGAAACUGGCCCAAGAAGAGUCUGACGUGGAAUCCGCCUAGAGGAGGCGGGGGCACGUGGUCCGGGGAGGCGGGGGCACGUGGUCCGGGGAGGCGGGGGCACGUGGUCCGCGGAGGCGGAGCCGCGCGGCCCGCGGAGGCGUCCAUCUUGAAAGAGGGCGAAGAAUGACUUCCGGUUGGGGAUAUGCCCAUCCCUUCUCUGCUACUUGCCCUGCAACGCGGCCCCGCAAGGCUGGGUUGCCCUGGACAGUACUCCGUCUGUUCCUCGCUACUUCGAAGGGAAAGCGUUCUGUGGAAUAGUACUUCCCCCGGUCGCUUCUGCCCACAAGAAAAAUGGCGGCUCGCCGCCUUUCCUGCCCGCCUCUGCCAUCAGCACGGAGGAAGUUGCAUCCGAAAAGAAUCCGGCUGGAAACCUCGGCUGGGCAGGUGCAGGAAGGGAGUGGCCCGAGAGGUAGCUUGCUCUAGCCGGGCAGGGCUGACGCGGAGCCCGUGGCACGGGCGGCGCCGGUGGCCCCUUCGCGAAGCCCUCAGCCUCUCUGUGGCCCCGGGCGACGCAGCCCGCGGCCAGCCCCAGUUGUCUAGAAAGGUACCGCACACCGGCGGGCUGUGGUCCCCGGGCCCCCCGAGUGGGCUCCUAGCGGGGCUCAACCCCGCUAGGGCGCCUUUCAUGGCUAUGAUGCGGCCCUUCCCGGCGCUGCCGCUGCUCAUCAACCUGGGCGGCUCGCUGCUGGGCUUCGUGGCCACGCUCACGCUCAUCCCGGCCUUCCGCGGCCACUUCAUCACGGCGCGCCUCUGCGGCCUGGACCUCAACAAGACCAGCCGCCAGCCCAUCCCCGAGUCCCAGGGUGUCAUCAGUGGUGCAGUUUUCCUCAUCAUCCUCUUCUGCUUCAUCCCUGUUCCCUUCCUAAACUGCUUUGUGGAGGACCAGUGUAAGGCCUUUCCCUACCAGGAGUUUGUGGCCCUGAUAGGAGCCCUGCUUGCGAUCUGCUGCAUGAUCUUCCUGGGCUUUGCGGAUGACGUGCUGAAUCUGCGAUGGCGCCACAAGCUGCUGCUGCCCACCACCGCCUCCCUGCCUCUGCUCAUGGUCUACUUCACCAACUUCGGCAACACGACCAUCGUGGUGCCAAAGCCUUUCCGCUCCAUGCUCGGCUUGCAUCUGGACCUGGGCAUCCUGUACUAUGUCUACAUGGGACUGCUGGCUGUCUUCUGUACCAACGCUAUCAACAUCUUGGCAGGGAUCAAUGGGCUGGAGGCUGGACAGUCUCUAGUCAUUUCUGCCUCCAUUAUCAUCUUUAAUCUGGUAGAGCUUGAAGGUGAUUACCAAGAUGACCACGUCUUUUCUCUCUACUUCAUGAUUCCAUUCUUCUUCACCACUUUGGGACUGCUGUAUCAUAACUGGUACCCAUCCCAGGUGUUUGUGGGCGACACUUUCUGCUACUUUGCAGGCAUGACCUUUGCUGUGGUGGGCAUCCUGGGGCACUUCAGCAAGACAAUGCUCCUCUUCUUCAUGCCUCAGGUGUUCAACUUUCUCUACUCCCUUCCACAGCUUCUCCAUAUCAUCCCUUGUCCUCGCCACCGGGUGCCCAGGCUCAAUACCAAGACAGGGAAGCUGGAGAUGAGCUAUUCCAAAUUCAAAGCCAAGAACCUUUCUCUGUUGGGGACCCUAAUUCUGAAGGGUGCAGAAGCCCUCCGUCUAGUGGCUGUCCGACGAGGUGAAAAUGAGGCUGGUGCCUACAUUGAGUGCAAUAACAUGACCCUCAUUAACCUGCUCAUAAAGAUUAUAGGCCCCAUUCAUGAAAGAAAUCUCACUUUGUUGCUUCUGCUCCUGCAGAUUUUGGCUAGUGCUAUCACGUUCUCCAUUCGAUACCAGCUUGUUCGGCUCUUCUAUGAUAUUUGAUUUCUUGACCGGGACUCUCUACUCCAUUACCCCCUGUGCCCCUGUCUCAUGUGGAUCCCCUGUUGGACCAAGACUGUAUUCCCCAUAAGCCCAUAGGCUUUUCCCCAUCUUUUAAUCUCCUCAAAAUUCUCUCCUCAGGAGAUAUCCUACCCAUCUUUCCCCGCAAUGAUUAUUUAUUGAUUGUAUUUGCCCUAUGGAUUUUCCUAAAUUGAUAUUUCCUCCCCUUCCUUCCUUUUCUGAAGCCUCCUCUGGAGCAGGAGGUAGCAGCAUCUUGGAAGCUUGGUUGCCACUAGGGAUCACGCUAAGUCCGUGGGGUCCCAGGAAUUAGGCCUAAGCAAGGGUUUGGGGAGCCAUCAGGUUCUACCCUGAAUUGAUGUGUUAUUGGGAAUUAAGCAUUUUGAUUAAUAAGAAGCAACUUGGGUGGUCAUUUGCUUCUUUGAUGAUAAUAAAUGUGUUUGGUUCACUUUUUUAACUGUA